CCUCAUAAGCAAAUUGCUCAUCGAACCUUGGAGGCGUCCAACAAUGGCGAUUUCGACUCUCCAAAAGCUCUCCACCAGAGUCCACCGCCUUCCGUCUCUCUCCUCCUUCAGGCCCAUCCUCGCCAAGUCCUCCGCCACCUUGUCCCACCCUCCCUCCUCCUCCGCGAAAGUCUCCGAUCGCAUCGUCAAGCUCUUCGCAAUCGACGUCGACGGCUAUAAGCGUGAGAUCGUCGGCCUCGCCGGUCACACCCUCUUGAAGGCCCUGACCAACAGCGGUCUCAUCGACCCGGCGUCGCACCGGCUGGAGGAGAUCGACGCUUGCUCCGCGGAGUGCGAGGUCAACAUCGCGCAGGAAUGGCUUGAGCGGCUCCCUCCGAGGAGCUACGACGAGGAGUACGUGCUGAAGAGGAACUCGAGAGCUAGGGUUUUGAACAAGCAUUCGAGGUUGGGGUGCCAGGUGGUGCUCACGAAGGAUCUCCAAGGUAUGGUCGUCGCCGUUCCCGAGCCUAAGCCCUGGGAUAUCCCGUAAGUUAGGGUUUUUUGAUUGGGGGUCCCUUGUGAUUUGUUGGUGGUUGGUGUUUCGGGUGAAUAAUGAGAACAAUACUCUGGAAGAAACGGUCUGCCUCUUAUUUUUCUUGUCAAUUUGGGAUUCGCCGAAAUCGGAAUUGCAUUUUGCUAUUCAGACAUGCUGUGUUUCCGCAUGAGGAUAAAGGAUGUUGCUUUGAUUAGA